CUGACCCAUGUCCCCCCUCUCUCUCUCUCUCCAGGCUGUUCCUCUAAGUCAUUCAAGCUGUACUCGCCAAAGGAGCCCCCGAACGGCAACGCCUUCCCCCCCUUCCACCCGGGCACCAUGCUGGAUCGAGAUGUGGGACCUACUCCCAUGUACCCACCGACGUACCUGGAGCCUGGAAUUGGGAGGCACACGCCGUACGGGAACCAGACCGACUACAGGAUAUUUGAGCUCAACAAGCGGCUGCAGAACUGGACAGAGGAAUGUGACAAUCUGUGGUGGGAUGCCUUCACCACAGAGUUCUUCGAGGAUGACGCCAUGUUAACAAUCACUUUCUGCUUGGAGGAUGGACCAAAGAGAUACACGAUCGGCCGGACUCUGAUUCCCCGUUACUUCCGCAGCAUCUUUGAAGGGGGAGCUACAGAGCUCUACUACGUGCUCAAGCACCCCAAGGAGUCCUUCCACAACAACUUUGUCUCGCUGGACUGUGACCAGUGCACCAUGGUCACCCAGCACGGCAAGCCCAUGUUCACCCAGGUGUGCGUGGAGGGGCGGCUCUAUCUGGAGUUCAUGUUCGACGACAUGAUGAGGAUAAAGACGUGGCAUUUCAGCAUCCGCCAGCAUCGAGAGCUCAUCCCCCGCAGCAUCCUUGCCAUGCAUGCACAGGACCCCCAGAUGCUGGACCAGUUAUCCAAGAACAUCACCCGCUGUGGGCUCUCAAACUCCACACUCAACUACCUCCGACUCUGUGUAAUCCUAGAACCAAUGCAGGAGCUCAUGUCACGACACAAGACCUAUAGCCUCAGUCCCCGGGACUGCCUCAAGACUUGCCUCUUCCAGAAGUGGCAGCGGAUGGUCGCUCCACCUG